AUGGACACAAAACAAGAUCAUGGGUCGCAUUUGAAGAAACAGCUUAAGGAGCGACACAUCCAGCUCAUUGCACUCUGUGGAAUGAUUGGUACUGGAUUGUUUUUAUCAUCAGGAAAUGUUUUGGCUACAUCAGGACCCCUAGGUGCGCUUCUCAGUUAUAUGGUGAUGGGGAUAUUUACAUUGGGAAUUGCAUACACGAGUGGUGAAACUGCUGCUUUGUAUCCUACUACAGGUGCAUUUGUGAGACACGCUUCUAAGUACAUUGAGCCUGCAGUAGGAGCUGCAACAGGUUGGAACUUUUGGUAUACGAUGUCAAUAUCCGCCCCUGCAGAGCUUUCAGCUGCCGCAACAGUUUGUCAGUACUGGACUGAUCUGAAUCUUGCAAUAUUCAUUUCCAUAUUCAUCGUUUUUGUCAUCUCAAUUAAUAUGGUGUCAGUUAAAUUCUAUGGAGAAAGCGAAGUGAUUUUUGGGAUGCUGAAGAUAUUUCUUAUAGUUGGGAUGAUAAUUGGCGGAAUUGUAUUGACUUGUGGCGGUGGCCCAGAUCAUCAAUCUAUCGGAUUUAGAUACUGGCAUCAUCCUGGUCCAUUCAAGUCCUACAUUUUGCAAGGAUCAUCAGGAAAUUUUUUGGCAUGGUGGAGUACAUUAAUUCAGGCGGCCUACGCCUAUGGAAAUAUUCAAGUGGUUUUUAUCGCUUCCUCGGAAACUUUAGAUGCCAGACACCAAAUAUCAAAGGCCAUGAAAAAGUUAGUUUUCCGAAUCCUGUUUUUUUACAUUGCUACCAUCUUUGUGAUUGGACUUCUCGUUUCUUCAGAUAAUACAGAAAUCACAUCAGGGACGGGUACAGCCGCAUCUUCACCUUUUGUUAUUGCUUUUGAGGAUGCUGGUGUCAAGGUACUACCUUCUAUUGUUAAUGCUGUUGUUAUGACCUCAGCUCUUUCGUCGGGAUCUGCCUGUCUCUUCAUUGCUUCGCGUACGCUAUAUGGCAUGGCUUUAGACGGACAAGCCCCCAAAUUCAUUUUGAAGUGUAACAGGUUUGGUGUUCCUUACUUUGCAGUUCUUCUUUCCGCAAGUAUGACACCUCUUGUUUAUAUGUGUGUCAGCACAGAUGCAUUUGAAGUUUUUGUCUGGUUUGUGAAUAUUACGACCCUUGCUGGACUUGUGGGCUGGGUCGUAGUCUGCGUUUCCUUUUUGAGAUGCUUUUAUGCCAUGAAAAAGCAAAACAUUUCAAGAGACGAGCUGGUUUUCAAAUCUCCUUUUCAGCCAUAUGUUGCUUGGAGUUCGAUGAUAUUUGUCAUCCUUGUACUUUUGUUCUCUGGAUUUGACAUCUUUGUCCAUGGUUAUUUUAGCGUUUCUGGAUUGAUCACCUGUUACAUCAACUUACCCAUAUUUGCCUUCCUUUGCAUAUUCUUCAAGAUCACAAUGAAAAGCAAGUUACUUCCGUUGGAAGAGCUGGACCUUUCAGAGAUCUAUAUGGUUAGGAACGAAAAGGAACGAAUUCUGGAGCUAAAACUUGCAGAGUCCAACAGACCGCUCUGGAGGAAAAUUGUGGGAUUCAUUAUAUAA